AUGGCACGAAAGCAUUCCGUGUUGCCAACGCUGACGUUGACAACGACGAAGACAUUACAUCGCUUAAGCUUAGUUGGCGUUGUCGACUUUCCGCUUCGUAAAUUAAUUAUUUUCAUGUUGCUGCAGUUGGCAUUGUCACCGUUUAUAUUAAUUACGGCCGACACUUUAAAUGGCAACACAAGCACAAGCCGUAAUCGAGCAUGUGUACCGGAAUUUGGAGAACAACAAUUCGGUUCCGUAUCGAAUGUGAAUGCACAAGUGAAUUAUGUCAAGACGAAGAAUUGCACGGUUGAUGGCUUCUUGACGAUUGCCACUCCGCUGGCAAAUGCAACCGAAAGAAAAAAAGCCGACGGAAAUUCAAUUUUGAGGCAAAGUAAAAUCGGUGUAAAUGAAAAGCGACCAUACGAUGUCAAUUUAUCUUCGGCGGAAAAUACAUCAAUACAUAAUCAAUCACGGAAAACAAUCGGUGCUAGUGCUCGUGCUGCUGCUGCUGCUGCAAAUGCAUCGCAACGGACGAAACGUAACGAUGAAUCUUUUAAUAAUGUAAACGGUGAACGAGUGCUGUCGAGGAAACGUCGCUACCUUAUAUUUCCGCCGGGUUCUUCAAUGCAAAUAGUUUACGAUACAUAUCAUCCAAUUGUUGGGUACUCAAAUUAUCUCAUCUUGGGUAUCACGGCGGCGAUGGCUUGGGAACUCCCAUCGAAACCGAUUUAUUUGGAUGAAGAGCUACGUGAUUCAUAUGAAAUGGGACAAUUGCCGUUGCUUCAUCGAAAUGAUAAAAACAUCACAAAUGUACAGUAUGUGCUUCCGUCGAAAAAAUAUUCCAACACUGCAAAUCGCAUCGAUUCAAACUACUACUAUACAAAUAUACCGAAGCAAAAAUUCGCCUCUGAAAAAAAUCAAUACCAAUCACCACCACCAUCAUCAUUCUACUAUCAAUCGGAUGGCAAACCAUCAUAUUAUUCCGCAAACAGUUUACAACCACCAUCAUCGAAUAAACUUCAACAUUAUGUUUCAUAUGCGGACAGUUUGAUGAAGCAAUUCAAAAAGCUCACCGAAAAAAUUCCACAAGACCGGCCGUUGAGUACAAAGGAUUUUCAGGAAUUUGCCAACAUUUUGGUCAACAAUGUAAAGGCAAAUAGCAAACCCAAUGGAGAGUAUCGGCAACGAACAAACUACGCCCAUAUUGUGCAUCCAGCGUUCCGAAAACGUAGUAUCGAUGAAUUGACACCAUUGGAUAAAUUCGACUUGAAACUACAUCGAAAUUCACGGCAUGCGUUGUAUAAGCAAAUCAAUACAUUUCUUAAAACGCAAGGCAGCGAUGGCGAUCAAUGUGUUUUGAAAAUGCUCUGCGAAACCGGUCAACGCAAACAUAAUGAAGAGCCCGGAAGUAUGGUUGUUGAACUACUUAGAGCUGUUUUUACUUUACCAGAGCCAACUGAGCCAACUGAGCAAACCAAUCAUCCGGAGCACCAAAAAUACGAUGACGCUCACGCAUCAACAGCAGAUUGUCAGCAAAUGUAUCCCGAUUGUAAGGAAAGUGUUUGGAAUUCGAAAUACAUGCUGCCUGAUACCAAAGUGCUGCCAUUCGAACACAAUGACUUACAUGAUUACGAUCGUGCACAUCGAAUGGGCAAAAACAAUGUUUAUUGUUCAUCAGCGUUUCGUGACUCUUUUAACGUAAUCGAUUCAACAAAUGCUGUGGCCGAAGACCAGCAAACAGCACAUCUCCAAAGCCACAAUUCAUCGACUUCAUUGGAAUCAUUGAUUCAAAAAGAUUUGAAUUGUACGGAUACGUCAGAUGGUGAGCUAAAAUCCAGACGCAAACGCUAUGUAGCCUUUCCGGAAGGAAGUUCAUUUUCGGUCGCGUUUUGUGCUACCGUUGGAUUUGUGGGCAACCCACAAUUUAUCUAUUUCAGUUGGGCAAUCAAUUGGGGCCUCGCAUAUGACUUACCAAACGAUACUUGGAUAAUUAACGAGAAGAAUCGUAAAGCAUUUCCAAAGCAAAUUGUUCAGCGAAGACAUCGGCGAGAUUUAUACGAUCGCCUCGAAAAUAUCAUCGAUAACAUGGGCUAUAAUGGACGGUCGUGUAUUUUACGUGCACUUUGUGAGAGUUCACAAUUUUUCUACCAAAAACCAACAAAUAUGGUGGAGGAAAUGGUUCGCACCAUUUUCACAUUGCCCGCAAUGAAAAUACUACCAUUCGAGCAUCCCGAUUUAGUUGUUUACGAUAAGGCGCAUCGUAAAGGAAGGGACCGAGUAUAUUGUAGCUCCGUUUAUCCAGAUUGCAGUUUUUCAUUGAUCGAAUUGGCACUGGGCGAAUAUUCAACGCCGUUUAAUUUCAUGUAG